AUGAGUCAUUUGUCGCGUGUGCGUGCGCGACGAACGCCUUCAUUCGGUGGCUCCCAAGCGCUGUCAGGCAUAAGCUACUCGAACGCACGUGUACCUGCACCAGCGAUUGAAUUGUCAGACGAUCAACGCCAAGAGAUCCGUGAAGCGUUUGACUUGUUUGAUACCGAUAAAGACGGCGCCAUCGACUACCACGAACUCAAAGUAGCAAUGCGAGCACUUGGAUUUGACAUGAAGAAGGCAGAAGUACUGGAUAUUCUGCGCGAAAAUGAUCCAAAGGGCUCUGGACUUAUGGACUGGCCAGCAUUUAAUCGCAUUAUGACAGAGCGGAUAGCCGCGCGGGAUCCUCGCGAAGAGAUACUUCGCGCAUUUGCACUAUUUGACGAAGAUAAUACGGGCAAGAUUUCCCUGCGCAACUUGAAGCGUGUCGCGAAGGAACUGGGUGAAGACUUGGACGACGAGGAGCUGUACGUUGUAUUUAGAUGCACUCACACACUCAGGCAAGCUAUGAUUGAUGAGUUUGACCUAGAUCAGGAUGGUGAAAUAAGUGAGCAAGAGUUCCUUCAGAUCAUGAUGGAUGAGCCAUAG